CUCGCUCACAAUAAUUUCUCGAUCCUGUUCUACAGAUAAUUUUUGCGAAAAUCAUCCGUACAAAUCUGUUUCCACCCAAAAUCUCUUCGAUCUGAAGAUCCUAAAAAGAUGGUGCAGUUGAUGAAGAACGACGAAUCGGCUUCGCAAGGCGACAAGACGCCGCCGGCGCCGGUGAAGAUGGAGGUGGAGGAUUCCUUAGAAGAAGAGCACGGCCCACUCCACAAGCGCAUCAAACAGCAGCAGCAACAGAGUGUAGGAAUGGAUGGUUUCGGAGUCCCACCAUCGCAAUACAAUCCUCUUGAUGAGCCAAGUCCAUUGGGUUUGCGACUAAGGAAAAGCCCAUCACUGCUGGAGUUGAUUCAAAUUAAACUGUCCCACUCCUCUGUGAGUAAAGUUGGAAGUCCAAGUAAUAGUAAAAAGGAGUCCUUGAGAGCUGCUGGCGCGUCUGGUGAUAAGUUGAAGGCCUCAAAUUUUCCUGGUUCAGUUCUGAGAAUCGGUACCUGGGAGUAUAAAUCAAGAUAUGAAGGGGACUUGGUGGCAAAGUGUUAUUUUGCAAAGCAUAAGCUGGUUUGGGAAGUUCUUGAUGGGGGUCUUAAGAAUAAAAUUGAAAUUCAGUGGUCUGAUAUUAUGGCAUUGAAGGCAAACUACAGUGACGAUGCUCCUGGAACUUUAGAUGUUGUGCUGGCACGACAGCCUCUUUUCUUUAGGGAGACCAAUCCACAGCCUAGGAAGCACACUAGUCUAAAUAUGGAAAGAGAAGUCAUAGGUUACAGGAGGAUGCAGCAAAGAUUUUUUUUUUAUAAUUCAACAAACCACCGAAACACAAUGGCUGUGGUUUUCUACUUCUUUUUUUUUUUGAAAAUAAUAACGUUACCUUUUAAUAUUGGUCUUAUUAGUCAACAUUUCAACCUGAUAGUGAAGAUCUUUUUGCACUCUGGAAUCUUGUCUGUAAUGAACAGACAACACUUUUUGGAAUGCCCACAAGGCUUGUUGGGGAAACACUUUGAAAAACUCAUUCAAUGUGAUCCACGCUUGAACUUUCUUAGUCAGCAAGGGGAAACUAAACUAGAAUCUCCAUAUUUUGAACCCCGGAUUCCUGCUUUUGACGAUCAGACUGAGGACAAUCAUGAGUUAGAUCUGAAUAGGGAGGGAAGCCCUUCCUUCUUCAGCUUGCAGGAUACUGCUUCACCGGCAGGGCCUCAAUCUUCGUCCUCAAAGAAUGAUGUAGAUGUUAUUGGCAGACAUUCGGAAUCUUACCCCUGUGAAACACCAUCUCCAAGCUCAGCUAGGGGCGCAUUGACAGUUGAAGAUAUAAAAAACGGCAGAAUUGAUCAACUGAAGGAGUUCAGCAAUUGGGAUCGGAUCAAAGCCCCUGGUCUCCACACUUCUAUGUCGAUGAGCGACUUAGUGAGCCAUCUUGAGAAUCGGAUAUCAGAACAGGGUACCUCUGAGAAUCCUACACUCUCAAGCGAGGAAUGGCAGAGCCUCCAAAUCUUGGAUGACAUCAAACAGUGCUUGUUUAGUGAAACUCAGCACUUGCCAGACUCAUAUGAGAAAUCACUCAUGUCUAGGGUUGAUUCUCUUUGCUGCCUCCUGCAGAAAGACACCCCUGCAGGUUCCAGCGCUCAGCUCAGAAGGGACGACAGCCUCAAUGUUUCAUUGAUGCAGAAAGGAGAAGAUGAAUCGAGUAGUGAUGGCUCGUUGUCUAUGGACAAGAAGGCUGGAGAUGGCAAUAACGAAGAUGUCUCUGGCCCUAACCAGGCGUCGUCCAUGUCGAGGAAAGACUCUGUUGGAGAGUUGCUGCUUAAUCUCCCUAGGAUAGCUUCUCUACCCCAGUUUUUAUUCAACAUUUCUGAAGAUUAUGAAAACCAAGCUCGAUGAUGCACACUAGUUGGAGACGGAUGCACGUGUGUACAUGGGUGUGUAGUCGGUAUGUAUGGUGCCAACAAUCUGUGUAGUUUGAGGGUUCGGAAAUAAGAUUGAUGAUGAAUCCUGUAAUUAGUUAUGUUUUGAAGUUGGCAUUUAGAUACUCUUUGCUCCUGCCGGUUGAUAAAUAUCCUGCUGCAAAUUUGCACUUCCUAAUCGUAAAAUCAUACUUUUGCGCCAA